AUGAGCUCCCAAUUUUGUCAAAAUUAUUCCACCGAGGUGGAAGCCGCCGUCAACUGCCUGGUCAACUUGCAUCUGUGGGCCUCCUACACCUACCUCUCUCUGGGAUUCUAUUUCGACUGCGACGAUGUGGCUCUAGAGGGCGUGAGCCACUUCUGGCACAACCCCUUUGAAAUCCAGGGCAUAGCAGGCUGUGAGCUGCAUUCUGAGGAGACCAUAGUAAGCUUUUUGAGGGGAGCUUUAGGAGGACUGGAUUUCCUGAGCCUCAAGAAUGAUUCAUGUAUGCCUGCCCCAGAGGGUGGCAGCAGGGCACAGCGGUUCUGCACACUCCUCACUCAGUACCAAGGUAUCGUAGAUACCGUAGAGAAGCUCCUUUUGAAAACCUGCCCUCGAUAUCUCCUUGGUGUCCUCGAUGCAGGGAAGACAGAACUGCAGAGGCAAGAUCCCUUUGAAAUUCAGUUAACAGGAGGCUGUGAGCUACUUUCUAGAGACACUGCAAAAGGUUUCGUCCAGGUAGCUUAUCAAGGAUCAGAUUUCCUGAGUUUCCAAAACAUGUCAUGGGUGCCAUCUCCAAAGGGUGAGAGUAGGGCUGAGAAUGCCUGCCAUCUACUCAAUCAGUAUGAAGGCAUCAAGGAAACAGUAUACAGGCUCAUCAGCAACACCUGCCCCCGAUUUCUGUUGGGUCUCCUCUAUGCAGGAAAGAUGGAUCUCCAGAGACAAGUGAGGCCAGAGGCCUGGCUGUCCAGUAGCCCCAUCCUUGAGUCUAGCCAGCUACUUCUGGUUUGUCAUGUCUCUGGCUUCUACCCAAAGCCUAUCUGGGUGAUGUGGAUGCGAGGUGACCAGGAACAGCCAGGCACUCAGCGAGGUGAAGUCUGGCCUAAUGUUGAUGGGACAUGGUAUCUUCGGGUGACUCUAAAUGUGGAGGCUAAGGAGGCAGCUGGCCUGUCUUGCCAGGUGAGGCACAGCAGUCUAGGGGACCAGGACAUCAUUCUCUACUGGGGACAUCACCUUUCAAUGACCUUGAUAGUGUUGGCAGUGAUAGUGCCCCUAGUGCUUUUGAUACUCCUUGCAUUAUGGUUUAAGAAGCGCUGCUCAUAUCAAGACAUCCCAUGAGAUUCCUCACCCUGCCUUUCUCAUUGUAAUGAGAACCCAAGAGCCAGGAGUCUAGAACAGCAGAAUGAUGUCGUGUUUUCUACUCUCCACUUAUUUUUGCCCCCUGUUUCUGCAUUAUAAUCAUUUGUUAAUGCAAGCUAAUUUAAUUUCUGUAACACUAUGUGGAGUACCUUUCUUGUAAUCUUCAUUUGUUCAGUAGUACUCAACCUUCAAGUCCAUUUCUGAUGUCACAUCCUCCAGAGGUUUUCCCUGAUCCCUAAGAGGUAAGCAGCCUCUCCCUUGAGUGAAUCCAGAUAACACUUCAACCAUAUUGUGCUACAUGUACACAUCACUUCUUACCCUGCAUUGUUACUUAGGUCUUUCUUCCCUGUACAAUUUUUAACUCCUUUGGGACAAUGAUCAUGGCAAAGGUGCCUUUCUGCAUCUAAUAUGGGCUUGGUGAAAAUCAAACUAAAACCAACAAAUAAAAAAAACAUAUCCAAGUUGCAUUAACUGUCAUGUUGAUAGCUGUUUCUCAUUAUAUUCAUUCCUUACAUCAUUGUAGUAUUUGAAACAUUGAUGUUUCCCUUCUUAAUUACUGGGUCAAGAAAUUCCCCCACUCUUUUUGCUCCAUCCUGUUCUUCCUAAAAUCUUAAAGGAAAAUGCAGCUUUGACCCUUGCCACAUUUAUUUAUUUAUUUUUUUAAGAUU